GAAGGCUGAAGGGGCCGCUCAGUUCUAUUCGAAACGUUGUUACCUACGCCAGUUACUCGUAACGAGCUGUUUGCCGGCUGACAGAGAAAGUGUCUAGAAAACCGCAAACAUGUCCCUACUAACGGGCAGCGCUAAUGCUGUGAAAUACACACUAUUUGGAUUUAAUCUGAUCUUUUUGAUCACUGGCAUUAUACUUAUAGCGGUUGGUGCUGGCGUUGGCGCCGUUUUCAAUGACUAUGAGGACUUUUUGGUCGGCAAAUUCUUUUCAAUUCCAACAUUUUUGAUCGUGAUCGGAGCGUUCAUCAUUGUGAUCACAUUCUUUGGCUGCUGGGGUGCAUUGAAGGAGAACUAUUGCCUGAUUCUCAGCUUCUCGAUAAUGCUGUUCAUCAUCUUCAUUUUGGAACUGGCGGCGGGCAUCAGUGGCUAUGUGCUGCGCAAUGAUGCAUACAAUUUGAUUGACGCCAAGCUAAAUCAAUCAAUGAGUAGCUACUCGAAUAUGCCAGUAAAUGAUGUAACAAAGCUGUGGGACGUUGUCCAGCGCAACUUCGACUGCUGUGGCAUUAACAAUGCCACCGACUGGAGCGAUCAUCUCAAGGACAACCAAUUGCCAUUGUCGUGCUGCAAAAUACAAUAUGGCACCAUUGGCACCUUUAGCUGCCUGCAGAGCACCUACAAUGAAGAUAUGAACACCCAUCUGGGCUGCUUGAAAGGAUUUUCCGAUUAUAUAGCCAAUCAUGCAGUCAGUUUGGGUGCAGCUGGCGUUGUCAUAGCCAUCAUACAGUUCUUUGGCGUCAUCUUCGCCUGCUAUAUAGCACGAGAGAUUAAAAUACGGAAUGGCAUCACAGGCUUCAUCUAGACCAGUGGAUUAGUUGAUUGAUUCCAAUAUUUUGAUGGGAUCUCAAGUCAAAUCUUAAAUUAUUCACAAGUACAAUAUAAAUUCACAAUUUGUUCUAGCUUUGUCGCGCUUUAAUACACAAUAUAUUUUGUAAAC